AUUUGUUCCGGGAAACUGACUGAAACCAUGUGUGACCUCUGCUAGUAGUUUGUUUCAAACGUCUAUGAAAAAGUAUGGAGGAUGAAUUCGCCAUUCAGUCAUUCAAACCUACUCUAAGUGCCAAUCUAGCAUUUCAAAGAAAGUUAUUACCAAUAUUUAAAUAUCGAGAAUCCCUCUUGUAUGCCAUUGAGACCUUCCAAGUCACACUUCUGCAUGGGCACACUGGAUGUGGAAAGACAACUCAACUGCCUCAGUACUUAUACGAAACUGGUUGGACGAAAGAAGGGAAGAUAAUCGGGUGUACACAGCCUAGAAGAUUGGUUGCGAGAAGUGUUGCAAGCCGCGUCUCAGAAGAACUAAAGACAGAAGUUGGGAAGACAUGUGGGUAUAAGAUUCAAUUCGAGCACAAUGUAUCCAGUGAAACUAAAAUUGAGUACAUGACUGAUGGGAGUCUGCUUAAAGAAAUCCUUACAGAUCCUCUUCUAGAGCGGUAUUCGGUUAUUAUGAUUGACGAAGUUCAUGAACGAACUGUAAACAUAGAUCUUCUCUUAGGGAUUCUGAAACGAAUUCUUUUGAAACGUCCUGAUUUAAGAGUAAUCCUUGCUAGUGCUUCUGCGAAUAUACAGAAGUUAAAUAAUUUCUUUUAUGAACAGGACAAAAUUAAUACAAAUAUUAUUUCGGUUGAAGGAAAGUUAUAUCCUGUCGAUGUUAUGUACCUUGAAAAUCCUACGGAAAACUAUGUGAACACGGCAGUGGAAACGGUCUUAAAUAUAAAUUCAUCCUAUCCCUCAGGCGAUAUUUUGGUAUUUCUUACAGACCGAAGAGAAGUUGAUGAAUGUGUGAAACGUAUCGAGGCAUUUUCCGUAACAACACCUGAAGACUUGCCAAUGCUGGUUCCAUUGCCUUUAUAUUCGGGUCUUACAAUGGAUGAGCAGCUUCGCGUUUUUGAUAUAUAUGAACAGAGAUUUAGAAAAGUAAUAUUUUGUACGAACAUCGCUGAAGCAAGUGUGACCAUUGAUGGUAUUGUUUACGUUAUAGACUCUGGAUUAUGCAAGCUGCGAAUCUUCAAUCCUUACAGCAGAAUUUCAAAGUUAAUUCGUGUUCCAAUAUCUAAAUCUAAUGCCAUACAAAGAACCGGAAGGGCAGGAAGGACUAAUCCUGGAAAAUGCUUCCGGUUGUUUCCAAAGAAUGUCUACGAUUCCUUGAAGGAUGAAAGUGAUGCUGAGAUAAGUCAUACUGAUAUGCUACCAGUUGUUUUAUUUCUAAAAUCAAUUGGUUUAAGAAACAUAAACCAAUUUCCGUUUUUUGUCCCUCCUCCUACAGUACAUAUUAUCGCGGCUUUAGAGGACUUAUACUUUUUAGGUGCUAUUGAUGAUUAUUCAAAUUUGACUGACCCUACUGGAUUUCAAAUGGUAGAGUUGCCUUUGGAUGCAAGAUUAUCGAAAGCUCUCCUCUCAUCAGCUACUUAUGAUUGUACUUAUGCAAUGUUAAACAUUGUUUCUGUUGUGAUGGCAGGAGAUGUUUUCUAUCGUCCUGCUAGAAAUCACCAUGAAGCUACCGCCUGUCAUGCAACAUUCAUCACUGAAGAAGGUGAUAUUCUCACUUGUUUAAAUGUUCUGGAAUCGUUUUUGGUUAGAAAGAAAGAUAUGAAAUGGUGCAAAACAAACUUUUUGAAUUAUAAUACCUUAAAUCAUGCAAGCGAAAUUCGAAGACAUAUACUUCCCUACUUGCAACGGUUUCGCAUAUCUCCAGAAAGACGGUUGACAGACACGGGUUCUUCAAAAAUAAUAGAAUGUCUUUUACAAGGAUUUUUUCGAAAUGUAGCACAUCUACAAGACGAUGGAUCUUAUAAAACUAUCUCAGGAUCUCCUGUUUGGAUUGAUCAAAAAAGUACAAUGAAUAACAAAAACAUACCUUGGAUUAUGUUUACCUCAAUGGUGGAAUAUGAAGGUCGAGCAUUUAUAAAUGGGAUAACAAAAAUUGAAAGUAAAUGGUUAGAGAAAUUUUAUAAUAGAAAAAAAUAAAUUUGUAUGUUGCUUUUGGGUAAUAACCGGGUUUUUGUACGGUGUCACAGUCGCUGUAUUUAUUGCCAUUGUACUUCGUACCGUCUUCCACUGACU